GUUAUUGUAAUUUUUAUGUAAUUUAUAUAUAGAGAGCGCAGCAGUCAACCUAUUGGACGUCGAAUACACAACAAGUGAGUGACAGAAAACAUAUUUGAUCAACGUCACCACAAUUAUAAUUUAUAUUUUACCUAUUAUCAAAAACAAUUAUAAAAAUUUGGUAGAUUAAUUUUUUAUUUCUCUGCAAAAAUGAUGACGCUUCGAGAAAAACAAAUCCAGGCUCUGAAGCAAAUGUUAAAUUUAAACCAGCAGGAGACAAAAGCCACGACAGCUGUUCCAACCUGGAAAAUAUUAAUUUAUGACCGUGUAGGUCAAGAUAUUAUUUCACCGCUGAUUUCUGUCAAAGAAUUACGUGACUUAGGUAUAACAUUGCACAUGCAAUUACAUUCAGACAGAGAUGUAAUACCCGAAGUCCCAGCAAUAUAUUUCUGCGCUCCAACGGAAGAAAACAUAGGUCGUAUUGAUCAAGACUUCCAAAAUGGUCUUUACGACAUUUAUCACUUGAAUUUUAUAUCCCCAAUAUCUCGACAAAAAAUGGAAGACCUGGCAUCAGCAGCACUUUUAGCCGGUGCAGUUGCCAACAUCCACAAAGUCUUCGAUCAGUAUCUCAACUUUAUUACCUUGGAAGAUGAUAUGUUCGUACUGAGGCAUCAAAACAGCGACAUGAUAUCCUACCACGCGAUAAACCGCGGAGAGAUUAAGGACACCGAGAUGGAAUCAAUCAUGGACAUUAUAGUCGACAGCCUGUUCUCAGUCUUCGUAACUCUAGGAACUGUUCCAAUAAUCCGGUGCCCACGUGGUAACGCCGCAGAGAUGGUUGCCAAGAAGCUGGACAAAAAGCUCAGGGAGAAUGUCUGGGACACGAGGAACAGUUUGUUCCAAGGUGAAGUCGCGGGUACUGGACACUUUUCAUUUCAACGACCGCUCUUGAUAGUCUUGGACCGUAGUGUUGACAUGGCGACGCCGCUGCAUCACACUUGGACCUACCAGGCGCUGGCUCACGACGUUCUCGAGCUGGCGCUCAAUCGGCUGGUGGUUGAAGAAAAUGUUGGGCGGUCUCCAGCUGGAGGCGCCAGGUCCAAAACUCGACCUUGCGAGCUUAAUAAUACCGACCGCUUUUGGUCUCAGCAUAAAGGCAGUCCCUUCCCUCGGGUCGCUGAGGCUAUUCAGGAAGAAUUGGAGCAGUACCGCGUCUGCGAGGAAGAAGUUAAAAAACUUAAAAGCUCGAUGGGUAUUGACGGUGACAUGGACAUACCCGGUAAUAUGGUUGCCAACAACACAGCCCGGCUGACAAAUGCAGUAAACUCUUUACCGCAACUAUUGGACAUGAAGCGGCUGAUUGACAUGCACACGACGAUCGCCACGGGAAUUCUAAAUUCCAUAAAGUCACGUCGACUUGACACGUUCUUUGAAAUAGAAGAAAAAAUAAUGAGCAAGCAAACUUUAGACCGCAGCAUUCUCGAUAUUAUUAAUGACCCAGAAGCUGGAACACCUGAGGAUAAAAUUCGGUUGUUUAUUAUUUAUUACCUCUGUACAAACAUGUCAGAGGUUGAGUUCAACAAGCAUGAAGCUGCGCUAGCCAAUGCUGGAUGCGAUCUCAAUCCACUUAUGUACAUAAAGAGAUGGAGGGGAUAUACAAAAUUAUCGGGUAUUCAGAAUAGUUAUGAAGGUGGUGGUACUAAAACUGUUAGUAUGUUUUCUAAACUUAUGAAUCAGGGUUCGUCGUUUGUGAUGGAAGGGGUCAAAAAUCUUGUGGUUAAAAGACAUAAUUUACCUGUGACUAAAAUAGUUGACGAAUUAAUAGAAAUGAAACAAAGUUCAAGUACUGAAGAUUAUUAUUAUCUUGAUCCAAAGCAAUUGAAACAAAUUGAACAUGUACCUAAAAAUCGUACUACAUUCCAAGACGUUAUUGUAUUUAUCGUUGGUGGUGGUAAUUACAUUGAGUAUCAAAACUUGAACGACUAUGUAAAGCAAAAAACAAGUAGCGGUGCCAACAAAAGAGUUAUCUACGGUUCAACGACGUUAAUAAACGCCCGACAAUUUAUCAAACAAUUGUCAUUACUCGGGCAAGAAGUACACUGACUAAAAAACUAAUUUAUAUAACGAUAAGUAUAAUUAUUUAUAAAAAAAAAAAGUGGGGGUUAUUUAGCUAAGCAGGGCUCAGUGUAUGUACAUUAAAUAAAAUCAUUGUAAAGUAACACAGAAUGAUUUUGAAAACUCGUGUUAUUUUACAAUAGCAAUUGAGAAAACAAGUAAACAAUUACAAUUAUUUGUACAAUGCGGUUUUUGAAAUAUAAAAACAUCAGCAGAGCCUCGACACGUGGCAGUCUUAUUGCUGCGCAUGGUUACUAUUUGUGCUGUAAAUAAAAAAAAAAUUAAAACAUUUAUUAAUAAAUUGUUAUAUUCAAAGUAA